AUGCAGCCUAAACCUGAGUCUUCUGGAUCAUCCUUCAGUGUGUCAUUAACUGAAAGCUCGGAUCAGGAUGCAACAAUGAAUUGUGAUCCAGCAGCCGUUCGCUGGAUCUUAAAGGUAAGAUCUGGAUCAUCUGGAUCAUUUUUUCCGGAUUGGAUUGCAUCGCAAGGUUAUCCUAAGAAAAAAUCUGGAUCAACUGGAUCAUUCGUAGGAGCUUGGAUUCCCGAGGAUCAGCGUGAAAGUCGAGGAGGAUCUUCCAUCCGAGCUAUUGCUCGUCAAGAUCUGGGGAUCGGAUUUGAGGAUCGUCGACGGAUCGCGUAG